GAUGCCGCUACACGUAUACGUCAUGACUAGAUAAUAAGACAAUUUAGUGUAUUUCGUGAUACAUAUAUAUGUACUUUGCAUAAAUCGAUUCUGAACCGAUCUCUUGCAGCCAACGGAUGUGCUUCAUAUAACCUGCUUCCUCUGUUCUAAAUAUAGUUCAGGAAAGACCUACGUAUACAUUAAAAUAACAAGUGUACAAUCGAAUGAUCAUUCCCCGGCAGUGAACGUGUGUGGAUCAAAACAGCGAUCGGAACUAUGGGGGCUGCCGGACAAUUCCUCUUGUUAGUAUGGAAGAAUUUCACGGUGUCUCGUCGCAAUUACUGUGCUACAGUUUUCGAGGUGGCGUUGCCAGUCGCCUUUUCCUUGUUGUUACUGAUGCUGCGGUUGCUGGUGACCAGUGUCGACCACAUCCAACCCUUCAGGUGGGAUGGUUUCCUAGUGGACAAUUUUAUAGAUGUCAACGGGAUUUUUUACUCUCCUAACAACACCUCGAUCAGAAAUGUGAUGAACGAACUGUCGGCUACUCUCGGGCAACACGUCAACAUUACAGGCUUUCCAACCUCCGCUGUCGCCGUCAGUGAGUACGAACAGAAUCCAAAAGAGGUAUGGGCUGUUAUAGAGUUCGAUGGACAAUUUUCGGGCUCUUCACUGCCUGCAGACAUCACAUACAAGCUCCGUGUGGCCACCUUACAAUUGGGGGAUGACCGUUAGAAAACAGAUCGAACCUAUCAGUUUUUUCAGCAGUUUGGACCAAGGGAACAAUACAGCAAUUAUUCUGGAGAUCCAUACUACCGGGAGAGAGGUUUCCUUUAUCUUCAGUACGCCAUCGAUAAAGCCAUCAUAGACCAAAAGAGCCCAGGGAACGGCCUUGGAACCAAGUACACAGUGAGUCUCCGAAAGAUGCCCUACCCGCCCUACGUGGAGGAUACACUUCUGGUCGUGCUACGAUCAAGUCUGCCGGCCAUUAUCCUCUUUGCAUUUAUUGUGACAGUGUUCCAGACCACCAAAAAUAUUGUUUAUGAAAAGGAGAAAAAACUCAAGGAGACGAUGAAGCUGAUGGGAUUGCACCCCAUCUUGUAUUGGUUGUCAUGGUUCACCAAAGUGUUUAUCUACAUGCUUAUCGCUUGCUUCUUCUUCACUCUGAUGAUGGCAAUCGACACUGGUGAUACCGGAAGUGUACUGCCGAAGUCAUCGCCCACUCUCAUCUUCGUUUUCCUCCUCCUCUACACGCUAGCAAUCAUUGCGUUCUGCUUCAUGAUCGCGUCCAUAUUCAGCAAAGCCACUUCUGCUGCCUUCGCCGCAGGUAUCCUGUAUUACCUGUUCUUUGUACCUUCGUACUUCCUGUCCGAUGAGUACGACACUCUGAGUCGGAGUGUGAAGCUGGCCACGUGUCUGCUCCACCCUAUGGCCCUGGUUUGGGGAGUCACUACUAUCACCAUAUACGAGGGUACAGGUGCCGGUGCCCAGUGGACCAACUUCAGCAGUCCCGCCACCACGGACGAUAAUUUCUCAUUGGCCUUGGCUAUGGGCAUGCUCUUUCUGGACUCGGUCAUCUGCUUUUUCAUCGCCUUCUACCUUGAUAACGUCAAACCUGGCGAGUUUGGUGUUCCCAAACCUUGGUACUUCUUGUGUACGAAAACCUACUGGUGCGGAACAGAUAGAACGCAGGAUAUGCUUGAUGUCGCUACCGGUCACGUGAGUGAGGAUAAGUUUGAAGGCGAUCCUGCUGACCUCAACAUUGGCAUUAACAUCAGUCACCUUCGAAAGGUGUUUGGGAGUGGCAAGAAAAGAAAGGCAGCAGUGGUGGAUACUACACUGAACAUGUACGAGGGUCAGAUCACAGCCCUAUUGGGACACAACGGGGCGGGCAAGACCACCACCAUGUCCAUGUUGACAGGAUUUAUACCUCCAACAAAAGGAACAGCCGUUAUUAACGGCUGUGACAUUCGAAAGAACAUAGAGGGUGUCCGGAAGAGCCUUUGCCUUUGUCCGCAGCACAACAUAUUGUUUGAUAAUCUGACUACAGCGGAACAUCUGUGGUUCUUUGCUAAGUUAAAAGGCUGUCCGGGAAAUCUUCUGAAGCAGGAGAUAUCUGGAAUGUUGAAAAUGUUAGGGAUAGAGAAAAAGGCGAAUGUUCUGUCAUCGCGAUUGUCCGGUGGUCAGAAAAGGAAACUGUCAUUGGGAAUAGCACUGAUAGCUGAUUCUAAGGUCGUCAUACUGGACGAACCCACCUCAGGAAUGGACCCGGCCGCGCGAAGAGAGACGUGGGAAAUCCUAAGGAAAUACAGGGAAGGCCGGACUAUUCUACUUUCAACUCACUUCAUGGACGAGGCUGACAUUCUAGGCGACCGAAUCGCAAUCAUGGCCGAAGGAGUCAUCAAGUGUUGUGGUACCUCACUGUUCCUUAAGAAAACCUAUGGUUCUGGGUACCACUUGGUAGUGGUAAAGUCAAACACCUGCGACGUGAAUGGACUGACUAGCCUAGUAAUCAGCCACAUUCCACGUGCCCUAGUGGAAAGCGACAUCAGUGCGGAGUUGUCCUACGUUCUACCGUUUGAGGAGUCGCCAAAGUUUGAAAAGCUUUUUGAAGACAUCGAAAAGAACGCUUCCUCUCUUGGCAUCAGUAGUUUUGGAACAACUGCUACCACAAUGGAGGAAGUCUUUCUUAAGGUGGGUGAAGAUGGCAGAUCAGAGGACGAGGAUGAGAGCGAAACAGGAGAGAAAGGUCACACGAGCCACAGCUAUGUGGGAGACAGACAAGCUAUGGUGAUGCAGUCCACCAACAGUAGAGGUCUGUCCACAAAUAUUUACGAGACGUUUAACAAGAAUACCGGUUUAAAGAGAACUUUCCAACAGUUUUACGGAAUGUUCGUGAAGAAAGCCAUCAAUACCUGGAGAAACAAGGUCGUGACCCUAGUACAACUGAUACUGCCUGUCGUAUUCACCGUAUUGGCGUUCCUUUCCAUACAGAAUAGUCCGGGCCAGGACACCACCGCUGCAGAACCGGCUUUGAUACUUGACUUGGCGCCUUUCAAAUCAGAUUCCAUUGUUAUGUAUAAAUCUGGCGAUAAUCUGGAUCCAGAAAUGGUUCAGAUCAAAAACCAUUUUACGAACUUGUUUUCCUCAUACUCCACUGAGGAUGCUAAAGAUUUCGACACCUUGGAAAAGGCGUUUUUAUCGAAGGCGAAUAGCAUUGGCAUUGCCACCUUCAAUCAGCGGUACAUUGUGGCAGGCGACUUCUCGAAUGGUAGUGCACCACUGACGGCCUAUUUCAAUGGGCAACCUUACCAUUCCUCGGCGGUGGCGCUGUCUUACAUGAUGAACGCCCUAUUAAGGGGGAUAACCAACUCCAGCAGUGAUUAUAUCACAACAAUAAACCACCCUCUUCCGCCCACUAUCUCCGAUCAGAGCGACAGGGCUAACCGCACGGCUUCCACCGGGGGAUUUACUGUGGCCCUGCUCGUCUUGUUUGGGAUGGCUUUCCUGUCCACAAGCUUUAUUCUGUUCCCCAUCAAGGAACGAUCCACUGGUGCCAAGCACCUGCAGACUGUAAGUGGCGUAAGUCCCUUUGCCUACUGGCUGUCCAACUACUGCUGGGACUUGCUGAACUACUUGUUUGUAGUUUGUUGUAUAGUGGUGGUGUUUGCGGCGUUCCAGUCGCCAGCUUACGUAGAGGGCGGUCGAAUUGGCCUGAUCAUUCUGGUGUUUUGUAUCUACGGGAUGUGUUGCUUGCCGUUCGUUUAUUUGCUGCACUUCCCGUUCUCCACACCGUCGACUGGUAUGGCGACCAUCACCAUCCUCAAUAUUAUCUCGGGUAUGAUUGCACUGUUGGCGGUGUUUAUCCUUGAGCUACCUGGCCUUGGGACCGAGGACGUGGGCAAAGCCCUGAAGUGGGUGUUUACUGCUCUUGUGCCACAUUUCUGUCUGGGGAGGGCUUUGAACGACAUUUACGUUAACUACCAAGUCACUCAGACCUGUGAAGAGCUCCAGUAUCGAACAGCAUGCAUGUUAAACAAUCUAGGGCCUUGUUGUUCAGGUUGCACAGCAAAUUGUCUUCUGUUCGAUGAGAGCUACAUGACAUGGGAAUCUCCUGGAAUACUCAAGUAUAUCGUCUUCAUGGUCAUCCAGGCCGUUGUUUUCUUCGUUUUCGUCUUGGUCAUAGAGUAUGGCGUACUUGGACAGCUCAUCUACUGCAUCUGCAGUAAUGGCGGAGCAUCUCAUUCUGACGAGGAACACCUAACGGGCGUGGAAGAGGAUAGCGACGUUAAAAUGGAGAGGGAAAGAAUCUGGAACUCGCCCCUCACCAAACUGAUGGAGAGCGACGCGCUCAUCGUCAAAGGUCUGUCAAAGUCGUACCGUCGGGUGAAGGCCGUUAAUGGGAUCAGUGUGGGUAUUGCCAGUCAGGAAUGUUUUGGGCUGCUAGGACAGAACGGCGCUGGAAAGACCACUACGUUUAAGAUGAUAACUGGUGAUGUGUUCGUUGAUGACGGGAACGCCUACCUGAACAGUUUUGAUGUGAAGCGCCACUUGAAAAAGGUCCAGCAGAAUCUUGGCUACUGUCCGCAAUUUGACGCCCUGAUUGACCAGAUGACCGGCCGAGAGACGCUGACCAUGUACGCCAGGCUUCGCGGGGUUCCAGAGAACCGUAUAAGAGACGUAGUGAGCGAUAUGAUGAAUUCAACGAUGCUGACAAAAUACGCUGAUAAAAACUGUGACCAGUACAGUGGUGGUAAUAAAAGGAAGUUAAGCACGGCCAUCGCUCUGAUCGGAGACCCGCCGUUUAUAUUACUUGACGAGCCGACAACAGGAAUGGAUCCUGGUGCUCGGCGGAAACUUUGGAACGUGCUUUCUGAAGUCAGAGCCAGAGGAAGGACUUUGGUGCUGACGUCACACAGUAUGGAGGAAUGCGACGCACUUUGUACCAAGAUUGUUAUCAUGGUCAACGGGAAGUUUGUCUGUCUAGGUAGUCCACAACAUCUAAAGAAUAAGUUUGGACAGGGCUACACGCUCACUGUCAGACUUGGAACGGCAACAAAUGGCAAAUCAGUUUCACGGGAUGACGUCAAAAAUUACGUGAUACAACAUUUCCCUAACACGGAAGUGUUUGAUGACUUGUACCAGGGCUAUCUAACUUUCCAGAUCCCGGACUCGAAUGUUCCUUUGGCUAAGGUAUUCGGUACGAUGGAAAGGGUGAAAAAUGAUUUCGGAAUCGGGGACUACUCGGUCCAAUCAACAGCUCUAGAACAAGUCUUCCUGGCCUUCACCAGGAACCAGACAUCAGCAGACGACAAGAAAAAACGAAAAUGUUGCUGUUUUUCUUGUUGAGUUAAUAGUUGAACCACAAACUUUUUUUUCGCAAAUUCAUGAUGUAUGCUAUAUAUAUAUAGAGUUAGUUCAACAUAAGUUCACUGUUACAUCAGCAACAAACGACAUGGGGAUUGUUUUGCACUAGCUGUGUUAUUUGAGUUCAUGAAUGAACUGGAACAAAUGAAAAGGCAUUAAACACAGUUGACAUACAUUUGUACCUGAUCAAAACUGAGGUUCAGGCGGUGCUGAUAGAUCUAGGUAAACAAAAUCCAGUGCACAGAUACAGUGACUUAGAUGUAAUUACUGGCAUAGUUAUAUCUACUAAUGUCACCGUGCAAUGAAGUUGUGAUGCUGUAUACUACGUACCAGUGUUGAAAACUGGAGUUUUGAUGCAGUAAUGUUGUACACUGAAAUAGUAAUGUACAUUGAAGCAUAGAUGAUGUAAUAGUGCUGUACACUGACGUAUUGCUGCUGCAUCGUUAUUAUCAUUUCUGUAUCGGCAACAGGAAUGUUAAACUUAUUGUCAUUUAAUUUAAUGCAUUAACACGUUAUAUGAGAUGUCACUUGUAGAUCAGGAUAUCGAUGACGUCAUUAUGUUGGGACUAGCCUAUUGGCUGCCAUAAGCCUGUGAUAUUGUGUUAUAUAUCAGAUCAUUUCAAAGAGUCAGGGUUACGUUUUGUGUUCUAAUCGCGAUAUGUUCGAUGAAUUUUUGUAUGGUACAGUGUGAUACAAGAUAACAAAAACGAUAUUAUUAAGACGAACUUUAACUAAAGAGCAGACAAAGGGGCGUUACUCUUUAUAAAAAAAACACAGGUUUUGAAGAUUUUAAUGGUUUUUCAUCACGAGAGAGAUUGAUGAUUGAAUCUGUUUGUCAGUAUCACAUUAGAGUCGACCUCAAGAUAACGUUUAUGGAGUAAUCAAAACAAGUUGUUGUUGUCAAUUCACCGUCGUGAUGUUUGUAAUGUUAUGUGACUAACUAUGCUUAAUCGAUUUAUAUUUGUGAAUCUCACUGCGCUGUUGAUAAAUCACCAUUCCCCCGGUGCGUAGGUAGUGUUAAUAACCGGUACCAUCCCCCUCCCCCGGUUUGUAGGUAGUGUUAAUAACCGGUAUCAUUCCUCCCGGUUCGUAGGUAGUGUUAAUUAUCGGUACCAUUCCUCCCGGUUCGUAGGUAGUGUUAAUAACCGGUACCAUUCCUCCCGGUUCUUAGGUAGUGUUAAUAACCGGUACCAUUCCUCCCGGUUCUUAGGUAGUGUUAAUAACCAGUGCCAUUCCUCCCGGUUCGUAGGUAGUGUUAAUUACCGGUACCAUUCCUCCCGGUUCGAAGGUAGUGUUAAUUACCGGUACCAUUCCUCCCGGUUCGUAGGUAGUGUUAAUUAUCAGUACCAUUCCUCCCGGUUUGUAGGUAGUGUUAAUUAUCAGUACCAUUUCUCCCGGUUUGUAGGUAGUGUUAAUUACCGGUACCAUUCCUCCCGGUUCGUAGGUAGUGUUAAUUAUCGGUACCAUUCCUCCCGGUUCGUAGGUAGUGUUAAUUAUCGGUACCAUUCCUCCCGGUUUGUAGGUAGUGUUAAUUACCGGUACCAUUCCUCCCGGUUCGUAGGUAGUGUUAAUUAUCAGUACCAUUCCUCCCGGUUUGUAGGUAGUGUUAAUUAUCAGUACCAUUUCUCCCGGUUUGUAGGUAGUGUUAAUUACCGGUACCAUUCCUC